AUGUAGAAUUUUAAAUAAUUUAUAAGCUUGAAAAUUUAUUUAUUUAUACAACUUUUGAUUUUAAAAUAAUUGUCUGAUAAUCUCAACUUAGCAGAUGGUCCUAUCUAAACAUAAAACCUUGAUAGAUCACAUGGUUGCUUCUUUAAAUAUAAGUAUAACAAUGAGAUAGAUGACUAAUAUCUCUUUUUUUAACCUGUUUAAGAUCAAAAGAAAUUGCUUUGGAAUCAAAUUAAUAAUGGAUUAAAAUACUCUUUGAUUUUUGAUUAUAUAUUUUUCUAAAGAAUGGUAAAUAUUAAUCCUGAGUAACUUUCUCAAAAAUAUUAAGUUUCAUAUCUUGAAUUAUUUAUAAGAUACCCUGGAAAUAAUGAAAUUUAUAAUCAUGUAAAAGAAAAUUGUUUACAUAAAUAUUAUCAAGCAGAAGCAAUAACAAAUAAUUCUUAAAUAACCAUUGAUUUAAAUCAGUCUCUUCUUUAUUAAAAUUGGCAAAAAUAAUUUCAUAAAUAUUUGAUCCAAAACAACAACAAUAAUAAAUUUUAACAAAAUAUUGACGAUUCAUUUGAUUUUCGUAUGAAAGAUAAAAAAAUGUUUCAAAAAAUAUAAAAAAGAUAGGAACCUAAAUUAUGGUCUCGGGAUUGGUUUUUUAUUUCUAAAUUAAGCGAAUUCAAAGCUGACAAAAAUAUGGAUAUUUUAUUGGGAUCCUCAGGAUGUGGACCUUUAAUUAGAAGUGUAGGUUUCUUUGAGGCAGUAAAAGAGCUUGUUAUUGAAUUUAGAGACAACCAUUUUGUUAAAAUAAUAAAUGCCUAUUUUGGAUAAGGAGUGGAAGCAAAUUAACUUAUAGAUUAAGUGCAUAAAUUAACUUCCAAGAAAUAAUAAGAAUAAAUUAAAUACGAAUGGGAAAAAUAUCUAAAUAUCAAAACAAAUUUCGGUUCUAAAAUUGAGAAUAAAAAGGAAAUCCUCGAAAAUCACAUAAUGCUGCUUUAUUAUUGUCUUUUUUACUAAAAUGAAAAUGGCUAUUUUAACUGGGAAGAUCCUAAUUUUUUUAACUACCUUUUGUAGUAAAGAGGAUGUUAAAUAAGAUUUUUAAAUCGAAACAUAUAUUAUCCUCACCAUAACACAAAAACUUUUAGAAGCAAUAAAUUUAUGUCUAUUAAAAAAUUUACUUAACUUCUUUUAAAGCCAUACGUAAUUAAUUUUGAAUAAUACUCUCCAGAUGUUUUAUUUUUGGUUUUCCACAUUUUAUCAAAAGACAAUUAAUCUAAUAGAGAUAUAUUUGACAUUCUAUUAGAUACGAGUUAGAUGAAUUUAUAUUCUCAGUCACAUGGUCCUAUCUUAGCAACAAUCUUAUCUUCAUAUGAUUUUAAUUAUCAUGAAAAUUACAUUAACCAAAGCAAAAAUACUAGAGAGGAUUUAAUGAAUCAUUUUCAAAGAAUUAAUUUGAAUGCUUUUGAUGCUAAGAAUCAAUUAUCUCUUUAACAAUAUGAUAAAGUUCUUUCAAGUGUAUAAACACAAAUUAGCACUGUAUAGCAUGCUCCUGACGAUUUAUUUUUAGCUUUGCACAAUAAUCAAGCAGAGAUAUUUUUCAUUCUUUUAGGUAUUUUAUCAUUGAAUUUCAAUUAACACUGUCAGGGUCCUAUCUUGGCAACUAUAUUGUCUUCAUAUGAUUUUAAUUAUCAUGAAAAUUAUGUGAACUCAAACAAAAAAAACAGGGAUGAUUUUAUCAAUCAUUUUUAAAGAAUGGAUUUGAAUGCUCUUGAUAUUAAGAAUGCUAUGCAUGGAAAGUUAUCUUCAUAAUCACCCAAAGACAUCACUAUAGAAGAAGAAUGA